GGCCCGGUGUCCUUUUGGGAACCGACAAGGAAGAAUUACCACGAGGUGGUGCCCUGUUCCACAUGACCCGUCCUGAGACUUCGGAUUGAUGGUGGGGCGCUAAGCUGUAUUGAAUGGACAGAAGCUUGUUGUAAUUAUUCGAACCUUUUUGUAUUCAGAUCCUAACCUUCGUGGACGACAACCUUCGUGGAUGAUAACCUUCUUGGAUGAUAACCUUCUUGGACGAUAACCUUCUAGGAUCGGGACCAGAGGCAUAUAUAGGUAGUGAAACUAUCCGCCUGAUUCAAAACCACGUACGAUACCAUACUUUGUCAGAGAUAGGUACUAAAGCCGGUCUUUCUGCUCCCUCACCUUGACAACGAGCCUGUUUCCCCACGACCUACCUGCUUUCCAACUACACUUGCUAAUAUCGAAUGCUGUCAAAAUUAUUUCUUCCAAACUUGAAGAACGAUGGAUCACUUCGGUAUAGGAGAGAAGCCCUGGCUCAAACCGGUGCAGUUCGAAAAGCUGAUGGGCGGCCGGCCCUGCGCGUCGGAUAGUGCUCUCUUUCGGCUCCCCAAACCCCUUCUCACUGAUAUAGCGGAAUUCCUCUCCGACGACAAACCCAGCCUUGCUUCGCUCGCCCUCACGAACAGUGACUGCCAGCAGCUUGCCCGCUCGCGCCAGUUUGCCAACGUCGUGUUCGACCAUAGAGAAUACAACUACGGCCUGGUGGUACACCUGGCUCAGGAGAGCUUCAGCGAUGAUGAUGGGACACCCCAGAUAAGACACUGCGUCCGGAGUAUCCAGUUCGGCAUGAUAUUAUCUCCCUACGUCUACGUGGACGGUUUUUUAGACCAGGGUCUUGAGAAUAUUUUAGCUCUCCUUUGGUCGCACCUUCCUCACCUCACCUCCAUAACCUGGCAUGGCCAGUUGUCAACCAGCCGCUAUCUCACCCAUGCCAUUGCUAACACCGCCAUCCAACACCUCCACAUCACCAACAUCUUCGCCAACCACAACUGGCUUUUCACCAUACCGGACAUGCCACACCUGCGAUCCCUCAAGCUCUCCCUGGACACGAACCACUUCCCAUCCUCACUCACGAGCCCCUUCUUCGAGAUGCUGCUCAAAGGGUGCGCGGCCAGCCUCGAGUCCCUGGAGUGGCGCGGGCCAAAAUCGUCACCACAAUUCAUCGAUAUCCCUGAUCGGCCCAUGUACCUCUGGGUACAAGCGAAUGGGCUGGACUUCAGCCAUGGGCCCAUCCACUUCCCUCGGUUGCGGUGGCUGAUGCUCGAGGGGUUGAUAGUCGGACCGACCCUGAUGCAUUCCUUCCUCGGCGCGCGCCUCAGGCACCUCACAUUGCCCUUGUGCCCCGACCACACGGUAAUAUACAGGCUCCUCGCCGGGUGCGACACCAUGCGCGACCUCGAAACCUUGUCCAUGCCCCUCCUGACGACCGAGGAUGACGCCGAGCUCGCCCUCGACUUCGUGGCCAGACACAGUAGCAGCCUGGAGUUCCUGUGCCUGCAGGGGAUGGCCGGCGCGGUCAUGGACGGCGUGGUGAUCCCGCGGCUGGUCGAGGCGGGGCUCCCGAACCUCAUCUCGCUCUCCCUAGAAUGGUGGACGGCCGAAGCAGACCUCGACAAUCCCAUCAGCGCCGUCGACAUCUGCUCCAACUGGUGGGGCAGCGAGGUCCUACCACGGGGGAUAACGCCGCCGCCGAGGUGGACACUGUGGACCCCAAUACGCCCCGUCUACGUGCCGGAGCAGUCCCUGGCGUUGAUCGGGAAGCUGGACACGCUCAGGCAGCUGCGCCUGUUCGCCGGGGGACGGGAGUGCCGGGAUCCGGCGUGGUGGAUGGUCGACUACCGGGCCAUGUGCGCGCUGCUCUCGGGGCUCACGAAGCUGCACACGCUCGCCAUAUGCGGCGAUGACUACGGCGACAGCGUCGCCUACAAUGUCUGGAGGGGUACGCGGUGGGGGAGGGGGGUCGGGCCCAACGACGUCGAGGACUGGGCGGAGGAGGAUAUCGACGAUAGGCUCGUUGAUAACGACGACGAUGACGAUGACGCCUGGCCGUACGAGUAUGUCUUCUACUACGUCGACCACCGCAGCUGCAUGCUGAACUGGGCGGAGAAUUUCGCCGCCGCGCUCCCCUCCCUGGAGUGGAUGCUCUGCGGGUCGACGCCGAUGGGUGUCGAGCCCCCGGACGAGGAGGGAUUCCGGUGCGUGUCCGCGCUCAUCGAAGGGAUGGACAGGUGCGAGGCCCAGCUCCGCCAGUGGUUCACGAUGGACGUCGGUGCGGAUGCGGGGCGCCAGUAGUCUCUCCUUCGACAGUGUCCAUCACGGCUGCAUGGCAACGGCUGGCUCACCGACGACAUCGAUGACGAGGUGUCUCCCAGCUCCGGCUGUGGUUCAAGAUUGUGCGUGCUGUUGUGUCUAGUGGGGGGAUUAGCAGAAGAAAAGAAAGCAGAAGAGAAGAAAAGAGAAAGGAAGGGGGAAAAGGAAAGAGGGAAGAACAGAAUAAUUAAUGGACAUUUUAGACCUGACAAGCCGGCUCCUUAAGAGAAAAUAAGACUGCAAUAUAGAAUCAUGCCC